AUGGCCGUCCCAGCCAAGAAAAGGAAGAUGAACUUCUCUGAGCGAGAGGUGGAGAUCAUCGUGGAGGAGCUGGAACUGAAGAAGCACCUGCUGGUGAACCACUUCAAUGCCGGGGUUCCUCUGGCUGCCAAGAGUGCGGCCUGGCACGGCAUCUUGAGAAGGGUCAACGCUGUGGCCACCUGCCGCAGGGAGUUGCCUGAGGUCAAGAAGAAGUGGUCUGACCUCAAGACCGAGGUCCGUCGCAAGGUUGCCCAGGUCCGGGCAGCAGUGGAGGGUGGCGAGGCCCCAGGGCCCACUGAGGAGGAUGGAGCCGGAGGGCCUGGGACAGGUGGUGGCAGUGGCGGCGGUGGCCCAGCUGUAGCCCCCGUCCUGCUCACCCCCAUGCAACAGCGCAUCUGCAACCUGCUGGGCGAGGCCACCAUCAUCAGCUUGCCUAGUACCACAGAGAUUCACCCCGUGGCCCUCGGACCCACAGCCACUGCAGCUGCAGCCACGGUCACCCUGACACAGAUCCCCACGGAGACCACCUAUCACACGCUUGAGGAGGGAGUGGUAGAGUACUGCACGGCGGAGGCCCCCCCGCCCCUGCCAGCCGAGGCCCCCGUGGAGAUGAUGCCCCAGCACGCUGACACCUCGGUCAAACCCCAAGCGCUCAAGAGCCGCAUAGCCCUCAACUCAGCCAAGCUGAUCCAGGAGCAGCGGGUCACCAAUCUGCACGUGAAGGAGAUUGCCCAGCACCUGGAGCAGCAGAAUGACCUGCUACAGAUGAUCCGCCGCUCCCAGGAGGUGCAGGCCUGCGCCCAGGAGCGCCAGGCCCAGGCCAUGGAGGGCACCCAGGCAGCGCUGAGCGUCCUCAUCCAGGUCCUCCGGCCCAUGAUCAAAGAUUUCCGCCGCUACCUGCAGAGCAACACGCCCAACCCCACACCCGCCUCGGAGCCUGGACAGGUGGCCCAGAACGGGCAGCCGGACAGCAUCAUCCAAUGAGGUCAGGGGUUGCGC